AUGUCGUUCAAUUCAGUUGAUCAAGCAAGUCCUAUUGUUAUUGACAAUGGUACUGGUAUGAUUAAAGCAGGUUUCGGCGGAGAAGAUGCUCCGCGUGCUGUGUUUCCAGCAGUUGUUGGUCGUCCACGUUACAAUAUCGUGAUGAAUGGUAUGCAUCAAAAGGAUGCGUUCGUUGGCGAUGAAGCUUUGGCAAAACGAGGCAUUCUCUCACUUCAAUAUCCGAUUGAACAUGGUAUUGUUGGUAACUGGAAUGAUAUGGAAAAAAUUUGGCAUCAUACAUUCUACAAUGAACUUCGUGUAGCACCCGAGGAACAUCCUGUACUAAUUACAGAAGCACCAUUAAAUCCAAAGUCAAACCGAGAGAAGAUGACACAAAUUCUCUUCGAACAAUUCAACACACCAGCGAUGUAUGUGGCAAUUCAAGCGGUAUUAUCACUCUAUGCAUCAGGUCGAACAACCGGUAUUGUACUGGAUUCUGGUGAUGGCGUUACACAUACAGUGCCAAUAUAUGAAGGAUAUGCUUUACCACAUGCAAUCGGUCGUAUAGAUCUAGCUGGACGAGAUCUCACUCACUGGAUGGGUCGUCUGUUGACUGAACGUGGCUAUGCAUUUACAUCCACAGCUGAACGGGAAAUUGUCAGAGAUAUCAAAGAAAAACUUUGCUAUGUUGCAACUGAUUUCAAUGAAGAACAAGCCAGUGCAAUCUCAUCAAACAACAUUGAGACGAACUAUGAAUUGCCAGAUGGACAAACCAUAACCAUCGGUUCUGAACGCUUUCGUUGUCCCGAAGCACUCUUUGAUCCAUCGAUGCUUGGUCUAGAAAGUGAAGGUAUUCACCAAUUGAUUUACAAAACAAUUAUGAAAUGUGAUAUUGAUGUACGAAAAGAAUUAUAUGGCAAUGUAGUUCUAUCUGGAGGUACAACAAUGUAUUCUGGCAUAGCUGAUCGACUUGAAAAAGAUCUCAAAGGAUUGGUUCCAUCGAAUAUGAAAGUCAAGAUCAUCGCUCCACCCGAACGAAAGUAUGCUGUUUGGAUCGGCGGUUCAAUUCUAAGUUCAUUGCAAACGUUCGAUGCAAUGUGGAUCAGCAAACGAGAAUACGACGAGUCAGGUCCAUCGAUUGUGCACAGAAAAUGCUUCUAA